AUGUGCACAGGAGAUGCUAUGCAAGUGAGUGAUGUGGGUCAGGGAGGGGCACAGAGGUAUGCAAGAGGAGCGCAACGACGCAGCAGCCUUCCCACGUCUCUCAUGGACCCAGAACGGCUGGUUCAGUGUCCCUAUGACAAAAACCAUCAGAUCAGAGCCAGCCGUUUCCCUUAUCAUUUGGUGAAGUGCAAGGAGAACAAUGAGAAGAUCGCUAAAAAACUAGCAACAUGCCCCUAUAAUGCCCGCCAUAGAAUUCCCAAGGAGGAGCUCAACUCCCAUCUUGAAAAUUGUGAGAGUAAAAUUGCUCUGGAUGGGUCCUGUGGGGCUACCAGUCUAAGCAUGGGAAUCAAAGAGGUAACUGGCCGGCAAAGCCCACCUUCGCAGGAAGACUGGGAGGCUGAUGCUGAUAAAUCUCCUGCUCCUCUUUUUGUUUUUGGGAAGAGCACACCUCACCUGGUGUAUGCCUUUCUGCAAAUGAGAAUAUUAGGUGAAAUACAGAAAGUAUUAACUGAAAUAAUUUUCAUUACAUCUGGUUUCUACUAUUUAGAAGACUGUGAAUCCCAACGGCAGAGUUACCGUAGUUUCCAGCAGGCUUCUAUCAGAUACCAAACCAUGAAUACAGAAGACAGCUAUGAUGCUUUGGAUCCUGAAAAACUAAUUCAGUGCCCCUAUGACAAAAGCCAUCAAAUCAGGGCUUGCAGGUUUCCCUACCACCUUGUCAAGUGUCGAAAGAACCAUCCUGGGAUUGUGCAACAGCUGGUCACUUGCCCAUUUAAUGCUCGUCAUCAGGUGCCCAGGGAACAGAUCAGCCAACACAUAUCAAGCUGUGAUGACAAACGAUGCAUCGAGCAGGACAUCGCAAGUCAAGCAGAGAAUAAAAGAAAAGUGAAUGUGAUAAGUUCAUGGCAGUCUCCUCCAUGUGAAGAAGACUGGGACAAAGAUAUAGCAAACCAAUCAGAAUCUACCUUCGUUUGGGGUACAAGCUGCUCUGCAAUGAACAGUCCAAGAACCAACCCAAUAAUACGACAUAGGAGCCAUCUAGCUUCAGGUCUGCGAGCUCCUAGAACUUUGCCUUUCAUUCUGCCGUGGAAGAACUAUGCUGAAAAUUGAAGGCCAUGGCAAAAGCUGUUCCUUCCAUUGGCUCUCAAGUAUUCAUUAUCUACUCUUAGAAAGAUUGAAAUGCCAGCAAAGGCACUGAUGCCAAGCUGUUUUUCUGUUUGAGGUUGCAAAACUAAAAGAAUUCAGGCUCUUAACUGCAUGUGUGCCAGUUAACAAUGUAGUUGCCAACAGCGUGUUGUUUAAUUGUUAUUAUGGAUAUAGAAGUUCACUCCUAAAAGGCUAGUAAA